CUUCAACCGUCAACUUCUCGAUUGGACGCGCUGGGAAAAGUACAAUAUCACCCUUUCGUCGCCGAUCACCGACCUCACAAACUACCACAUCAAACCGUCGACCCUUACACGUGUUUUCUCAAAUUGGAUAAAAAGAGAAAUUGAGGAGAAAAGAAAAGGACCAUCAUGUCGAGCUCACAAGGAACUUUGAGCGCGGUAACAGAUGACCGCAAAGCACGCUUGGCGAAGCUCAAGAACCUGAAGCGAAAACAACCAGCAGACGAGGUCGUCCCCCCGGAGUCAGAACGUGCCGCCUCGCCGCCAGCAGAGCCAGAUGUCACGAAAUUGCACCUCUCCGGUCGGAACUACGACCCCGAAGCACGAGGGCCCAAACUCGGCUUCGAAGCGCCCCCGACACAAGAUUUAGAACAGCCCACGCUCGAGGAGCUCGCGGCAGACAUUGAGGCCGACGUUAGGAAAAAGGCAGCCGAGGAAUCGCAGGACGACAAGGGCAUCGAUCUGUUCAAGCUCCAGCCCAAAAAGCCGAACUGGGACUUGAAGAGGGAUCUGGAGAAGAAGCUGGAGAUCCUCAACGUACGGACAGACAACGCCAUCGCCAGGCUAGUCAGGGAGCGCAUCACAGGAGCACAGAACGCGGCAACGCAAUCGAGACAGGUCGAUGCGGGAAGCAGGGAGGGCGACGCGGCUGGAAUGGACGGCAUCGCGUUAGUCGAAGGAGUCCGCGUCCGCGAGAGGGAGGAAGAGGAGGACGAAAAACGAGACAGGGAAGAGGAUGACGAUCUGGCUGCCUGAG